UGCUGCCAGCGGAGCCUCUCCGGAUGAUGCCCAAGUGAGUCAUUUCCUUUCCUCAGCCGCAGCAGCUCUCCGUUGCUGUCGGGAGAUCUGUCCCCUUCUUCCUGAAGGCAGACGCCAGCAAGAGCCAUCAGGAUGCUGCUGCUCCCGCUCCUGGCCCUGGCUGCAGCCUGGUCUCGUAGGUUCCCCUUGUCACCACAGCAUGGCACGGGGCAGCGGCAGGAGGUACCCCUUUUACGAGUGUGAGUGAACAGCAGGCUAAGAGCGCUCCUUGUGUUUUCUCUCCUUCUUCUAGAUGGACAAGUGCUUCUGAAGCAGAGCCAAGUAUCUACUACCAAACGGCAAACGAAAACUGCACGGAUUGAGUGUAAAGCCGAGGGCAUAUCUGACUUCCGGUCUGCGUAUAUACAUUGGUACCGACAUAUACCACCCAAAGCUCCCGAACGGAUUCUGUAUAUCGGAUCAGAUCAACCUGCUUAUGAUGACAGUUCCUACAGAAACAAGUUUGGGUCUUCAAAGAAAGACACAGAUGUCUGCACUUUAACUGUCAGGGACGUCGACUCCAGCGAUGAAGGUUUAACCCACACGGGCAACAUGUUGCUGCUCCCAGUCCUUCUUGCAAGUUCUCUGUGGUCCCGUGGAGACACGCAGGCAGUGCCAGUGCAAACCCCAGCGCUCCGGAGGCAGGUGAAGGGCAGCUCUGUCAGCAUGGAGUGCCGGAUGAGCGCCGAUAACACUGUGCACUGGUACAAGCAGCUUCCUGGGCAGCCACCAAAGAGGAUACUGUACAUGUCAGGACAGUCACCUGUUUAUGAUGACAGUGCUGAUAAAAGGAGAUUUCAAACUCGGAAGCUGACUAAUGAUCCAGAAGCCUCACAUCCUUGUGGGAACUUCCAAGCUGGAAAACCUCUGGGUCAUGAUCCCUUUCAUCUUAUUCUGAGUCUCAACGACAGCAGAGAGUGGCAAGCAAACAUGCUGAUGCUGGCAGCACUUGUGGCCACAGCCGCUUGGUCUUAUGUAUUUGCACAACAAAUUCCCGUGCAGAGACCUAUAUCUAUCACAAAGUUCAAAAACAGUGUACGGAUGACAUGUGAAAUUCAGACAACAAAUUUUGAUAGCACUGUCAUACAUUGGUAUCAACAGAAGGAGGGUAAAGCUCCAGAAAGGCUCCUGUUCUUUUCAAAAGGGAAAGUUUCGGUUGAAAGCGGCUUUCAAGCAAACAGGUACAUUGUUGAAAGUGUUUCUGGCCAGAAACGGUGUGUUCUUACAAUAAAAGAUGUAAUUCCAGAUGAUGCUGCUACUUACUACUGUGCCUACUGGGAGCCUCGGGGGACCUACAAGGUAUUUGGCUCUGGCACAAAACUCAUCGUCUCCAACAAAGAAAGUUCUCCACCAGCAAACUCUGAAAUCCUGCAGAAGAAACAUAAAGAUCAGACAAUAUAUGUUUGCCUUAUUGAGAAAUUCUACCCAGAAGUUAUUCAGGUGACAUGGGCUGAUGAAGAAGGAGAGAUAAAAGAGGACGUGGUAAAAGGAGACCCUUGGCAGCACUCAGGAGAGGAUGACUACUCAAUCAGCAGCUGGUUAACUGUGAAAGAGGAGAACAAAGGCAAGAAGUACAAGUGCAGAUACCAACAUGAAGCAGGCUCGGAUUCAGUGAUAACACAAGAUUCUUCAAAGCCUCCUCCUCAGGAAAACUGCACCACAUAUCCUGGAAACGGCACAGUUUUUAAUAGAGAUCACUUAACGCACAGGACAGCAUAUUUAGUGUACAUCGUCCUUCUUCUGAAGAGCUCCAUGUACUACCUUAUCGUACUCUUCUUCAUCUACAGAAUGUGGGCUCCAACCAAGCACCAAGGAAAGAAAGCAUAAACGCUGGCUUAGGAAAGGCUUACAAAAUCAUCCUCAAUUUGCUUUGCUAUAUGAUUAUCCAUAUAGACUCCCCUGCUCUCAGUGUUAGAUGUAAAAACAAAACAAAAAAAAAAUCCCAAAAUAAUUAGUGCAUGGGGCUUGUUUUCCUUUAGUGUUAGUGUUUUUGUAUCACUCUGGCUUUCCUAAUUUUUCUGAGUAUUGAGCUGAGCUGGGCUAUAAGAGUAAGGUUACAUGCCUUGGAUUUUAAUCCAAAGUCCAUAUUGGAAAAUGAGGAAGGUAGUCAUGUUAAAAGUAGUCAUGCACAGAGAAAUUUAGAGGUGCAAUGGAGCUUUUGACAUAUAAAGCAGAGAUGCAUUUUGUCAUUGCACUUAAGGCUUAAUUAGGAGCAUUCCUGUGCUGUAAAUUCACAGGUACUUGUUCAUAUAUACUUUCAAUAAUUUAUUGCAACUCUCAUGUAUCCACCAAAUCAGGACUUAAAUGUUCUGAAAUUAUGUGUGCUUUAAGAGUUAACUAAAUACAGCUUUAAAAAGUGAAGAUAAUAUUUUUGAAUGAAGAAGUUCGUUGAGCAUAAAAGGAAUUCUAAGGUACACACGUACAGAAACAGAAUAAAUCCACCAGGCCCCACACCAGCACCGUGACACAGACUGGAAACUUGCACAUUGUAUUUUUAAAGCAAGAAAGAGUUGUGAUGAUCACAAACAUCAUCUUGUUUAGAGAUACCUUUUUAAGUUGAGCAAAACCUUAAAUCUGAAGCUUUGAUAGAGAAAGCGUUUUCACAAUAGAGGAAAAAUUCUCAGAUGUUGGACUUCAAACUCUUCAUCUCCAAGUUCCACAAAUCAGUUCCUUCCAAAUUUCUGUGGAAAAACUGGAAGUAGACAUAUUGGGGUAAAGCAUUUGCUCAGUUUUGGGCAAAACACAUUUGGAGAUAAUGCCUGCAGCAUUUACACUCACUGUUUCAGUAAUGAUGUAGAGGGCAAUAAAAGCUUUCCUCCAGAUGAAUUUGUGAGGCCUGUGUUCAUUCUCCAGCAUUUCCACAGCAUAUGCCAAGAUGGCUAGAAAACCCGAUUAAUUCCUCUGUUCGUAUAAAUUCCUCAGGAAACCAA